AUGGUGAGCACCAUGCAGACCAGCUGGAUCGGCCAGUCCUCUUGGGUCCAAGGCUACAUCAAGGGAGAGACUGAUUGGCACGAUCUUCAAGCCCAUAUCAACAAUCUCAACCGAUUUCGACUUCUGCUCAAGGUACCACAGCAAAAUGAGACUGCCUUGCAGAGGACCGACCGCCGAGCUCUGCAACGCGCAUACAAGAAAGCAGUCAGGAUCCAUACCGAGCACACCCAGACGGGUGAUCUCCAAGCCUACAACAAUAACCUGGGUCGUUACAAAACCACCUACGUUGUUCAGAGCCCGCGACAGGCAAAAUCCGGGAGGCUCGAGCAUACGAUCAAAAAGGUUGUCGACACUGUCAAUACCAUACCGACACACAAGAUGUCAGAUCUGGACGAGCGAGAUCCUGCGAGAGCAGCCAACGAGUAG